CGGGAUCACACACGGCCCAGUGCCUCGGGGCUGUCACGGGUCAAACCAGGUCCGCAGCGGAAACCAAGCAUCGAUUUUUCCCCUCUUUCUUCUGGCGCGGUGUAGCUCUGUUUGCAUCACUGCCACUUGGUCUCCUUCCGCAGUUGCGAAACAGACCUAGAUCCCUCUCCUACGUGGGUGAAAGGUUGGUCAUACUCAUAACGCGAUGACCACCCACCUAAUACUGACAAGCCUUGUGUUGCGGUCUGCUGUGGUGAGCGCUCCUGCCAGGCGGCGAGUAGGGAGAGAAGAGACCGGGGCUGCCUCCUGUCAUGCAGGAAAUCAGAGCCCGUCCUUCAGUUCGCCCCUGUUUAGUGCGCCCCAUGACGUUCCCUGUUGCAGAAAAGGUACGGUUUCUGCCAUGGGUCAUUGGGCUUUUUCUUCUUUCCAUCUGUCAAAUCGGUAUGAAAGGUUUAAGCUAAAAUGUUGAAUAAAAUAUUUUUUAUUACAGUGCUUCUAAGCAUGCCUGUUGCUGUCAGUCAGGAUUUAUGUGAUAUUUAAUGGAAAGAGAGAAACAUUCUGAAUGAAAAAUCCCCUUCAAAACUCAAGGUUAAUAAUGAAGAAAAUAACAAAAGAGCCGUAAAAUUCAGACACCAGUGUAGGUAAAUUGUUCUGUAUAGGAUGUAUCAAAGAUACUUUUUCCUUUUAAUUUAUCAACACUUUCCUAACACUUCGGUCUGCAAUUUUAUAAAAGCCAAAAUAACCCCAGAAUUCCCUUUUUGAAAGGGAAAGAAUCUCCACAGCACUUUCACCAUUCUUCCACAUGUAAACAUUGCCAGCCGCACCUGCAUGUCUUCAUCAGGGGCCGCUGCUCUGCUGAGGAGUGGACAUGAUCACGGUUUAUAAGCAUAUUCUUAGUAAAUUAAAGGCUCAAUAAUUAUAUUCGCAACGACAGGGACUGAGGCGUGUUUGAUUUAUUCAAUGCAGAUGAGUGUUUUCAGUUGCGGUGUGCAUCAGAGCCAUGAUCAACACGAUUUAAAGUUGGUUUGUUCAGCGUUUCACAUUGUUGUACCUUAGCUAACUAAACUAGUGUCAUGUAUUUCACUUUAAUUCUCCGGCACAACAUGAGACACUCCACACCACAACAUCACCUUAACUAACACACACAGCUGCUGACACACACUCGUAUAUCUCCAGUCUCAGAUAGGACUGAUCGGUCACGCAUGUGCACUUGAGUGGUCUCUGCCUUUAUUUAAGCAAUAUUGAACACAUAAAUUGCACUUGAUUGAUUUGAGGCAAAUGAUGGAGAGAACAUAAACUGUUCGUUCGAUAAGGCAAUAGGAGUUGUCAUUGUGAGUUAAUGGCAAAGUCUCAUGCUAAUGCAUCGUGAUCCUCUUUUUUGCAAUAUAUGACACACAGUAUGUAUCAUUUUGUGUUCAUGUCAUUCUUCAAGCUCAAUUGCUGAGGUUAUCACACCCAUCAUUCAGAACACUACCAGGCAUGAGCAGAUGGCCUGAGUGGAGGUGUGAAGAAUCUUGACAGUGGUGUCACUCGCAGAGAAGAACUACACAUUGCUGACACAAGUAAAUAUGGUUGCCACAGCGACCCAUGAAGGACAAUCCAAGCUUUGAUGAGUAUUUCUGAAGAGUAGCUACGGGGAAGAUAUCUUGGAACUGACAACCUUCCAGUCACUGGGUGAUAACUCCAAUAGCAUCUAAGCUAUUCCGCCGCUGUCUCUGUCUUGACGGAGAAAGUGCCAGAUAAAUCACUUGAUGUUUUCGGCAUGUGUUAGUUGCCUUUAAGCCAGUGUCUGGGACUGCCUUCACACUCUCUUCCCCUCAUUGGAAAACUGACUUUUUCUACUGCAAGGUCAUUGUGGAUGGUUUUCCGAUUUCAGUCGCAUUUUAUUGAGGAACUUUCUGUAAACCUAUUGAGGUAGCAAAUAAAGAGUUUUGCCGUUAGGAUCCUGCACAUUCUUCUGGGCACUCUGUGUCGUCUGUUCUGCUUCUCUUCAGUCUUCACAUCAUCUGGCAGCAAGUCUUAUCUGACUACUCCAUUUCCUGUGGCAGGCCGGGCCUCUGUGAGGCCAUGGGACGCCCUUAUUACAUCCACAGCCGUGCUACCAAGCAGUUUCUGGAGGAAAUCAACAAGUGGACCAGUCAGCAUGGCGUGUCCCCCCUGUCCCGAGAUCUGGCCGUCAAGUUCCUCAUGGCUCGGAAAUUUGAUGUCCUCAGAGCAAUCGAGCUCUUUCACAGCUAUAGGGAAACUCGCCUGAAAGAAGGAAUCGUGCGACUGCAGCCACAGGAGGAACCUCUGCGCUCUGAGCUGCUGAGUGGGAAGUUCACGGUUCUGAAUGCUCGGGAUCCAACAGGAGCCUCCAUCGCCCUGUACACAGCCAAGCUUCAUCAUCCCAAUAAGACUGGGAACCACGUGGUGCUGCAGGCGCUCUUCUACCUCCUGGACCGGGCCGUGGAGAGCUUUGAGACUCAGAGAAAUGGUCUGGUGUUCAUCUACGACAUGGCCGGAUCCAACUACACAAACUUUGAGCUGGACCUCAGCAAGAAGAUCCUGAACCUGCUCAAGGGUGCUUUCCCUGCCAGGCUGAAGAAGGUGUUGAUUGUUGGCGCUCCUGUCUGGUUCCGUGUUCCCUACAACCUCCUGAGCCUGCUGCUGAAGGAGAAACUGCGAGAGAGGGUUCAAAUGGUGAAAACAGCAGAACUCCGCCAGCACCUUCCCAGAGACUGUCUCCCCCAGCACCUCGGUGGCCUGCUCUCACUGGAUGCCUUCAGUUGGAACCAGCAGCUUCUUGCGGGUCAGAAUGGCCGAGUGGACCCAGUGGAUGAGCUGGUGGGGAUUCCUCUGGAGGACUCGUCUGUUCACGUCCCAGGGCCAGAGUCCAUGAGGCUGCAGGAGCUGAUGAUGCACCUAGGCAGACUGCAGCGCUCUGGUGUCCAUCAGGAGUAUGAGGAGUUGCGUAGGGAACUUCCACCUGGAACAUUCCACUGUGCACAAGCUGUCUACAAUCAGGAGAGGAAUCGCUAUGGUGAUGUGCUGUGCCUUGACCACACAAGAGUCCGCUUGAAACCGAGAAGGAACGAGAGGUCAGACUACAUCAAUGCCAGCUUCAUGGACGGCUAUAAACAGAAAAACGCCUACAUCGGCACCCAAGGGCCUCUAGAAAAAACCUUUGGAGACUUCUGGAGAAUGGUUUGGGAACAAAACGUGCUGGUCAUUGUUAUGACUACCAGGACGGACGAAGGCAGUCGGAGAAAGUGCGGUCAGUACUGGCCUCUGGAACAAGGAGGACAGGAAGUAUACGGACACAUGGCAGUGGUGAACCAGAAGGUGGACAACCACACCCACUACAACCACACAACUCUGGAGCUGCACAACACUGAGACUUGUGACCAGAGACAGAUCAGUCACUUUCAGUACCUCAGUUGGCCUGACUAUGGCGUCCCCUCCUCAGCUGUGAUGCUCAUAGACUUCCUGGGAGCUGUUAAGAGACAGCAGAAGAAAAUGGUUCAUGCUUUGGGAGCCCAGUGGACUGGCCACCCACAGGGCCCCCCCAUGGUGGUCCACUGUAGUGCAGGUAUCGGUAGAACAGGAACAUUCUGUGCUCUGGACAUCUGCCUAUCCCAGCUGCAGGACGUCGGCUCUCUGAAUGUGUGCCAGACGGUGCGGCGCAUGAGGUCUCAGCGAGCCUUCAGCAUCCAGACCCCAGACCAAUAUUACUUCUGCUACAACGCCAUCUUGGAGCACGCCCAGAGGCAGGGCCUUCUCCCGGCCAAUCAGUGAGGUUAUGUCUGCUGGGACGCCCGUAGGCUGAAGCGACAUUAGUAUUAUAAGCGUUGUAAACUUCCUACCAGAAGCCAUUUGUCGUAGCUGAAGCCACUUAUAUAUGUCAUGAUGGGAUGGUGAAAGCCUGGACUUUGGACCCUGCCAAAAACCUUGCAUAAACUUGUAACUAUGUUGUGGGUUGUUUUGGAGGAUGUGGCCUUAAAGACUAUUUAUUUGAAUCUUAACAGGAAAGGUUUUGGGACCAUAGAUAAGUAGCCCAUGUCUGACUCUCUUGACGUCCACUGUGCUCCAUCACCAUCACAGCUGUCUCCUAACAUUACAGACUUCAAGCUUUUUUUUUUUUUUUUAACAUUGAACAAUAAUACUGGCAUUCAUGGCAGGUUCUCUCUGUCUGUCUCAAUGUCUGUAAAAGUCCAGCUGGUUUCUCAUCACUGAACACAAGUAGAAUAGGGCCUGCUGCAUUUUCUACCUUAACAGAUUCCAAACUUCACACAUCAUUGCCAGUGUAAGUUGUUGGCUGUGGAGAAACAGUUUUGAGGCCAUGUAAGUGUGCUGUAAUCACCAUUUUGUCGGUUGAUGUGUGUUAAAUACCCUUCUUUAAUGGUUCAGAACACUGGUUUUUAAUGGCACCUGGUAAGAUCAGUCUGAAGACACAGAGUUGCAAGUCUUAAGCAGUUACACCGGAUCGCUCUUGAUGUAGCAGCAUGAUCUCACAUCAAGACAGGCGAGUAUCUGAUUUACCAAUGAGUUCACCCUGAAAACCAAGGUAACAUGACUAUUCCACAUGGCUUUAGCCAAUAAAUGAUGUCUUGGCAACGAUAAUGAUGUGAUCCAGUCACUGUCAAAGCUGUGAAAUUGGAGGAAGAAAUAAGGCAUCUGGCUUCAAGAUAGAGCAAGUCAUUCUUCCAGUUACAUUUGUCUCGUGUGGUAGACUGGUGAUCUGUGGAAGUGACCGCUGUGUGUGCAAAGUGAAGAGCAUUUAUCAUCCUUAUAUCUUCAAAAUUGUAAUGAAAUGUAUUGUUAAUAACGUGGGAGAAACCUGGGGAUGCAAAAUGCAUGAGAGUGGCAUCAUGACUGAGGUCAGGUUGACUUGACUAGUUGCAAUUAAGCUUAUGGCUGUCUUAGAGAGGGUUAGUCGACCCGUUUGAAUUGAAACAACUUCUCUUGGACUACCAGACCUUCCUCUCUCUGCACGCUUGACUAGGAUCUUUCCUGUCUGAUGUGUCAACUAGCUGCUCAAAUGACUUUACAAGGUGGCCAAGUGACUACAUAAUGGGUCGCCAAGUCUCUUAAAAUUACAAAAGAAGCUGAGCCUUUGUUGCUUCACACUGGAUUCAUGGGUCCAGUCAUCUGCCAGAGAAAACCCAUUGUGGUUGCAUGUAUAAUCCUAAACUGCCACAGAGGGUCAUUCUCUCUUUUAGCCGAGUCUGCCACUCACCCCAGGUCAACUGAGUUUGGGACCAGCAUGACACUCUUAUCAGGUACAGACAGAAUCAUUGGUCAGUCAAUGAAAUCCGUGGAACUCUGAGAUAGGUGACAAUUCAUUGUCUGGACAUUUCAGUGUCUUUCUUCCCUGAGAUGUUCUGACCAAAACUGGCUGUCCAGACACACUUUAUAAUCUGUCAUUAGACCUCACGACCAGUGCAAUAUACUUCUUUUGAAUCAUGAGUUUCAUGCCUUAGCACUUUUAAACAAUCAGGCUGACAUGACAGCAGCAGGAUGGGGCCCCACACCAAGAUCAGAUAUGAUCAUCUUAGUAAACACACAUGGCUGAAAAACAAGGAUAUUACAGGGACAGUGGAAUAACACUCAACCAGCUAUCACAAAAUGCACAAAUACUUGCUCCAGCGUGCGGAAGCCACUGUAUGGACGCCGGAUCAUGGAUCUGUGUGAAACUACUCCUGCUCAGUCUCGUUGGUUGGUGCCAGGUUAAAUGACGAUAACUACAGAAUUCAUAUUGAAUUUGCUUCUAGUGAAACAUUGUAGAGUUUGCUGUCCUUGACUUAUUUUGGCUGCAAUGUGCUCUUUUUCCUUUUCGUUUGCACUUGACUGUUGAAGAACUGUCUUGUUUGCAGUCAGCAUUAUGAAUUUUAUAUUUCUUUUAAGAAUAAUUUACUUUGGUCUUUUGUUUGGGUAAAUGUGUAAUAAACUCAAAACAAUGUCAAUACACA